GUCAUCAAUAUUGCUGCUUUUCUCACCUAGAAGGGAUAAAAUCACUACUGAAUAGGAAAACCAACCCAUCAAAUUUAACCAAUAUGAAGUCAUUAGGCCUGGUUCUGUUGAUUAUGUGGUGCUUGUUUACGUUGACCACUUUUGCAAAUGCUCAAAACUCCUUUAAAUUAACUGACCUCACUGGCAUAAUAGUGAUAUUUGAGUCCGCAGCCGGUGUCACCCAACCACUUUUGGACCUCAACCAGGAGUACAUCACCUACGUGGUUAAUGAGUUGGAGAAUAAGAUCGGUCAUCAAUACGAUACGUUGUUUGUGGGGUUCUCAAUCCAAUUUGUGAACCUUGAUGCUAUUUAUUAUAAAGUGGGCAGUUAUUUAGGACUCAAGGAUAUUUCCCAGGAUGACGAUGCGGUAAUUUUACAAGGUUUACAACAGCUACUCACUGACUACCGGAAACUGGAAUUGGAAGCAUUGGGAGUUAAUAUCACCAUUCUGCUCGAUUCUCCCGUGUCUAUAUACGACUCUGCUAAAAUAAUUUAAAUUGAUUGUAAAAUUUCAAAAUACAUACAUAAUAUACCCUAUAAAUUU